AUGGACAUCGGGCCUCGUGAUCCUCACUCAGGGUCAGAUGAACAUGUCGCGAGAGAAUUGGACAAAAAUGAAAAAGGGACUUCUCGCCGAUCAAUUCCAAUCUACAAUGAUCUCGAGCUCGUUUCCGAAACCGACCUAUCAUUCGGGGCAAUCUUGAAAGGUACUGCUGCGAAGCCUCUCACAACGUUUGAAAAAAAGGCAGCACUUGUCAAUGCCGAACUUGACAAAUUUGGCCUUGGGAGAUAUCAGAUAUGCAUCUGGUUUCUAUGUGGCUUCGGCUAUUUUCUCGACUUGGCAUGGGCCCAAGGAGUCGGGCUGAUCGCUUCAGCCGUCUACCAGGAAAUGGGUGUAUCGGCUAGCGACACUGCUAAUAUCUGGUCAUGUGCAAAUGCUGGUUUGGCAGUCGGAGCUUUGACAUUUGGUCUACUCGUUGAUGUCAUAGGCCGUAAGUGGGCUUUCAACCUUACGUGUUUGAUUACUUCUGUGUUUGGCCUUUUAUUGGCUGCUCCUAAAUACAACUAUGGAGCGAUUUGUGGCAUAUACUUUCUGGCCUCGGUCGGUUUAGGUGGCAAUAUUCCCAUUGACGCUACAAUUGCGCUCGAAUUUCUCCCGCAAAACCGGCGAUUCCUCGUCUCGUUGCUCUCAAUGUGGCAACCAGUUGGCGUGGUCGUUGCUUCAGCAAUCGCCUACGGGACAGCUGCAAAAUACCGAUGCGACCCCACUCUUCCGUCAUGUCGCGCCGUCGAUUUGGGUGAGCCCUGUUGCACGGUAUCGAGCAACAUGGGCUGGCGUUAUGAGGUGAUAACCCUCGGGCUUAUGACAUUACUGGUGUUCUUCCUCCGCUAUUUCGUGUUUCACUUUCAUGAAUCCCCGAAGUUUCUUAUCAGCCGGGGGAAAGAGGCCGAGGCUAUCGACGUGCUGCACAAGAUUGCCAAGUUCAACAAAGCACCACCGCCGAUCUUGACAGUCGAAGACUUCCAGGCCAUCGACCGUGCAGAGGGACCUAUCGCGCCUAAAGCGACCACAAAGAAUGUCUUGAAGAAUUUCUUCAACAGUUUCAAGCAUCUAAAGGGGCUGUUCAACAGCAAACUACAGAGUUUCAUUUUCGUCUUACUGGCGAUUGCAUACAUGGGUGAUUACUGGUCAUUCAACUUGGCAGGUCAAUAUUUACCAAUCGUCCUUCUUAAUUAUAACGUGUCCAAUGGCCAAACCAAUGUCACGGAGACUUAUCGACAGUAUAUUUAUAUUUAUCUGCCAGGUAUCAUCGGCGCUGUCCUUGCUCUGGCAUCCGUGCAAUUACCCCUUGUUGGAAGAAAGUGGUCACUCGUAUUCUCCGCAAUUUGCCAAGGUCUCUCUAUGGCUAUGUACACACAAGUACGAAGCACUGCCGGCUUUGUGGGGUUGAAUGCUCUCGAAUAUGUUAUGCAGACUUAUUUCAAUGCCGUCUUGUACGCUUCAGCCCCUGAGCUCUUUGAUACGACAUAUCGUGGUAGUGCCAGUGGCAUGUUGUCCUGUCUUGGCCGCAUCGCUGGAAUUGUUGCUCCAUUUGCAGGCAAGUACUACUAUUUGCCAUGGAUCAUUGCCCAUGUUAAUAUUUUCCUAGGAGCACAUUAUCUCGCCACCAGUAGUGCUGGGAUCUUGUGGUUAGGAGCUGGAGGCAUCUGGCUUGCCGCGUUCGUAAUGGUCUUCCUUCCCGUGGAAAUGAAAGACAGACAGAUGUUCUAA